AUGGUUCGACUAUCAAGCCUCGCCGCGGCCGUCUCGUGGCUGCAACUCAGCUCAGCCUGGUUGCCAAGUGAAAGGCCAGAGGGCACUCUAAACAAGAAGUGGUUACCCGGAUCAGGGAAAAUCAGGGGCGUCAAUCUUGGCAGCCUGUUCGUCUUUGAGCCAUGGAUUGCCAACAGUGCUUGGACUGGACUAGGCUGUGAAGAUUCGCCGGAUAGGGGGUCCGAGUUCGACUGUGUGUCGAAGCUUGGCCAGGAGCAAGCGGAUGCCGCUUUCCAAGGUCACUGGGGAUCGUUCAUCACUGAGUCGGAUCUCGACGAAAUGAAGAGAUAUGGCAUCAACACCAUUCGCAUCCCUCUCGGCUACUGGCUCGACCGGUCACUGGUCGACAGCUCGGAGAACUUCCCCCAGGGCGCUGAGGAGUAUCUGGUCAGAAUAUGCGGCUGGGCUACUGCGCGCGGCCUAUACAUCAUCUUGGAUCACCACGGCGCACCCGGAGCACAGGUGGCCAAGAAUGCCUUCACUGGGCAGCUUGCUCCAAGCCCAGGCUUUUACAACGAGUACAACUACGGUCGAGGUGUCAAGUUCCUCCAGUAUCUCACCAAGUUGGCGCACGAGAGGCCAGAGAUGGAGAACGUUGGUAUGAUUGAGGUCCUCAACGAGCCCGUCCAUUGGGAUCAGUCCGUAGAGUCCCUCCGAAGCACUUUCUAUCGAGAUGCGUACAAUGCCAUCCGCCAGGUUGAGAGAGACCUUAACGUCAGCCCCGACGACCAGUUCCACAUUCAAAUGAUGGGCUCCGGCUGGGGGGCCGGUAACCCGGUUGAGUUCCUCAGCGACACGCAGCUCACGGCGUUUGACGAUCAUCGUUAUCUGAAGUGGGCCAACCGUGACGAGGUUCCCCUCUCGCACGAGAGUUUCAUCUCCACGUCUUGCAGUGACAAUCUCAGCCGCGACAGCGCAGGUCCCACCAUCAUCGGCGAGUGGAGCCUCAGCGUCCCAGACGACGUCCAGUGGAGCGACGGGUGGCAUCCCGAGUCGCAGAAGGACUUCUACCGCAAGUGGUUUGCGGCGCAGAUUCACUCGUACGAGACACGAGCUGAGGGCUGGGUCUUCUGGACGUGGAAGACGCAACUAGGUGAUUAUCGCUGGGGAUACAAGGACGCUGUGGCAGCUGGUGUCAUUCCGGAGAAUAUUGACGAGGCCCUGAACUCGGGCUCGGAUGAUAUGAAGUUCUGUACAUAUCAUUUCACACGACUCGAGCGCACAGCCCUAGGCACGCCGACCACCAUGGCCUCUUCCAAGAAUAAUUCAUCUUCAGUAACAGCGUCCUACGCGACACUGUCUUUCCACAAGAAUGAUCACGUCUGCUUCACCAAUUUUGCCGAACCUCUCGCCCGCGGAGCGGAAGCUAUUCUAGCGGCCUCCUGGCCGCCCGGCAUCAAAAAGGAAACCAGCUCCGCAGGCCUCCUGACAUAUCAGGUCAAAGGCCGCCCCUGGGACCCCAGCGACGACGCGUCCGCCAUCGCGGCGUGCCGCCUCGUCCGGGACCUCCUCGCCUACCUCCAUCGGCACGGCUGGACGCUCGUCACGGGGCUCGGGCACAGCGUGCGCAUGUGGACGAAAGACUCGCUCGUGUUCCGCCGCGGCGCCGCGUCCACCUCGGCGCGCCAGCGCUUCUGGCUCGCCGUGUCGUUUGCCAAGUCGGACAAGCUGCGGCUGGACUGCGCCGAGCGGACGGUGCAGGAGAGGACGGUGGACGCCGUCCGGGAGGUGAUGACGCGGAUGGGCUAUGUCGCCGGCGGGACGUGGAACUGCGACGCGUACGAGUUUCGGCUGAAGGACAAACCGUGGAAUGCCAACAUGGAUGGGGGGCUGAGGCCGAGGAUGCUGGUGCUCGGGGUGCUCGAGGCGCUGGAGGGGGUGGGCUGGCAGUCCUACGGCGCGGUCGCGCAGCGGACGAAGGUGGAAAACACGCAGAAGGCGGAUAUCUGGUACUUUAGCAAGGAGGUCGGCGUUCCAGCCCGUGAGGCUGCCUGGGGUUCGAGGAAUCCCUAUGCCAGAGUUUACAAAGUCAUGCUGCAUCCGCCAGAUGCCGACGUCUUUCCACUCACCGAGGCUGCCGAAGUCUCUCUCCAGCUGGUCAACUCUCGAGGGCCUCGUCAUCACACAGCUCCUCCCAGCCUGGCAGUACCGACUGCUUCCCCCGCAGAGCGCCUUUGCCAUUCAUCAACGGCCUCACCGGAUCGCCGAAUUCCCCCUCUACAUCGGCGCAACAGCGCCUCCUCCCAUCAGACUCGACGUCGUCGCUCGUCACCUUCCCCCGUGUCUCAGGAGGUCGACCCCCCCCCCUUUGCACGCGCCAUGUAUUCCAACUCAAACUCGUUUCUCGGCGGCGGCGGCAGCCAGCGCCCCGGCGCGCAGCAAUAUGGAGGCUCGUUCAACAGCUUGGGAAGCCAGCAAGGACAGCAGGGCAACCCGAGCCCCUUCGCUCCGCAGCCGACGGGCUUCGGCCAGGCUCCUCUGCAGCAGCAAUACACCGGUUUCCCGGGCGGUCUGCAACAGCAACAGCAACCUCAGUCUCAGCAGCUGCAGCCCCAGUACACUGGUUUCCAGCCUCAGCAGCAGCAGAGCUUCCAGACCGGCGUGCCGCCCAUGCCCUCGAUGCCGUCCCAGUUCCAGCAGCAGUUCCAGCAGCAGCAGCAGCAACAGCAGCAACAGCAGCAACCGCAACAACCGCAACAGCAACCCCAGCAGACUGGAUUCUCCCUGACCCCGCAGCAGACCUCGGCGCCCGCUCAAGCCAUGAAGCCGCAACCCACGGGCUUCAGUCAGAUGGCCGCUUCGUUCCAGACGGGCGGUGGCUCCAAGCCUCAAGCGCCUGCGCAGCCCAAGAAGAAGGCCAACAAGGUGCCAAACGUUCGACUGUCCUUCAUCACUGCCCAGGACCAGGCCAAGUUCGAGACGCUGUUCACGUCCGCUGUCGGUGACGACUCGACCACCAUGUCAGGUGACAAAGCUCGUGAUCUGUUGAUGCGCUCCCGUCUGGACGGAGACUCGCUGUCGCACAUCUGGACCCUCUCCGACACCACUCGAUCGGGACAACUUCACUUUCCAGAGUUCGCGCUUGCCAUGUACCUCUGCAACCUCAAGUUGACAGGUCAAUCUUUGCCCUCGUCCUUGUCCGAGAACAUCAAGAAUGAGGUCUCGAGCAUGGUGGAUAUCAUCAACUUCAGCAUCAUUGAAGAGGCGUCUGGCAGCUCGACCGCUGCCGCCAAUGCCCCCGACUUCACUGGCAGGCAGAGCAACAACACGCCGCCGACCAUUCAUCAGCCCCAGCCUCAGCCGUCAAACUCACAGCUGCUCCAGGCCCAGAUGACUGGUUUCCCCGGCCAGCAGCAGCCCCAGCAAACCGGCUUUCUCGGACAGCAGCAGCCUCAGCAGAUGGGAUUCCUCGGCCAACAGGGCCUCCAGGCCCAGCAGACCGGCUUCCCCGGCAUGCAGAGCCAAGCCACCGGCUACAACGGCCCACGCCCUCCGAUGCCCCCUAUGCCCACUGGCUUCGGCGCGGGAGGCCCGGGUGGCAUGGCCCCAUUGAACGCGCAACCCACCGGCCGCCCCGGCCAGUGGGGCUUGGUGAACGCCCCGGCCACUGGCCUUCCCAACAUUGAUGCGCUGCAAGCUCAGAUGAUGCCGCAGCAGGGCCGCGAGCAGCAGAACUUCACCACUGCUGGCCUCCAGGGCAAUGCUGUCAUUCCCUGGGCCAUUACCAAGGAGGAGAAACAGCGUUACGAUUCCCUGUUCAAGGCCUGGGAUGGCCUCAGCAAGGGCUACAUUGCCGGUGCGCAAGCCAUUGAGAUCUUUGGCCAGAGUGGUCUUGAGAAGCCUGACCUGGAACGCGUCUGGACGCUCUCGGAUAACGGCAACAAGGGCCGUCUCGACCUCGACGAAUUUGCCGUUGCCAUGCAUCUGAUCUACCGCAAGCUGAAUGGCUACCCUCUGCCCAACUCGCUGCCGUCGGAGCUCGUCCCUCCUUCUACGAGGAACUUCAACGCAUCCAUCGGCACCAUCAAGAACAUGCUCAGCGAAGAGUCCAACUACCGCAACAAGUCUGGCGCCGCUCUUCUGCCCCAGAAGACGGGCGUCAGUUACAUGAAGAGCCACUCUCUGAAGGGUAACAAUUUUGGUGGCGCCGGACGCAAGGACGCCACCGUCUUCAAGAACAACGAUGACGACGUUGGCUACAAGUCUAGUGCGCGCCGCCGCCUCGGGAACAGCUCCCCUCGACCUGACUCGCCUUCAUCUGUUGCGUCGUCGAACGAUGAUCUCAAUUCCGAGCAGCUGAAGAAGAAGAUCAGGGAGAAGCAGGUCCUCCUUGACGCCAUGGACUUCAACGACGAGAAGAGCCUCGAGGAAGACGACAUGCUGGACAGGCGCGACCGACGCGAGGCCGAGGAGUUGUACCGUCGCAUCCGCCGCACCCAGGAUGACAUUGAUUCUCACCCUGAUGCGGCCCUCGCGACCGGCGAUUCCGACGCCGAGCGCCGCUCUCUCAAGCGCCAGCUCCAGAACCUCACAGACAAGAUUCCCCAGCUCGCCUCCCAGGUGCGCCAGACCGAGAAGGCCAUCCACGAUGCGCGCUUGGAGCUGUUCCGCCUCAGGGACGCCAAGGCCCACCCCAGCAGCGCCUCUACGAUUGUUGGCACCGGUCCCGGUGGUGUCGUGACCGAGUCUGACAGGCUCAAGGCCAGGGCAAAGGCCAUGAUGCAGCAACGCACUGCUGCCCUCACAGGCCGCAAGAUCGACACUGCCGUCGACGACACGGACGGACCCAAGCGCCUCGAGGAGGAGAGCAUCAAAGUACGGACAGAGAAAGAAAACAACGAGCGCAUGGUCAAAGACGUGGAAGACUCGGUGCGCGAGUUCUCUCGUGGCAUCGAGGACAGCCUGAAGGACGGUGCUACUAGCUCCACCAACGAGCACGAGAAGAGGCGCUGGGAGGACGCUCUAGGCGUUGAGGACGAGGUCAAAGACUUCAUCUUCGACCUGCAGCGCUCUAGCCGCUCGGCGCGACUUCGAUCUCAGGACAAGCGUAGCGCUCGUAACUCUCCUGGCCCGGAGACCCCGCGAGCCGAACCGCCCGCCGACCGCUAUAGCAGCCCUGCCCCUGCUUCGACUUCGCGCACAGCUACUCCUCCCGUCGCCGGUGGCUCGUACUCCUCUUACAAGACUCCGGAGGAGCGAGCUGCGUUCAUCAAGCAGCAGGCCGAAGCCCGCAUGGCUGAACGCCUCGCUGCCCUGGGUAUCAAGGCUCCUUCCAAAUCAGGAGAGUCGGCUCGUGCUGCAAAGCUUCGCCAGGCAGAGGAGGAAGAUGCCCGUCGGGAGGCUGAACGUCAGGCGCGCAUUGCGCAAGAGCAAGGCGGCGCUCCGGCCCCUGCCGAGGAGCCUCAACACGCCAGCGAGACAAAGAAGCCAGCGCCGCCCCCCACCCGUGGUACUGGCAGAAACGAGGCAGCCGAGCGGGAGGCCUCGCAGAAGGCGGAGCAGGAGGCGGCUGCGAAGAAGGCCGAGGAGGAGCGUCUGGCUGCGGAGCACGAGCAGCAGCAGCGUGAGACCCAGGAACUAGAGAACGAUGCGCAGGAACAGGAGGACGAGCUUUCUCGGGAGCGCAAAGCGGCUGAGGACCGUCUCAAGGCGCUCGAGGAGCAGGUCCGCCAGGGCAAGCUGAAGAAGGAGGAAGAGAAGCGCAGGAAGAAGGCCGCGCUGGCAGAGGCCAAAGAGAAGGAAUCUAAGCUCGCCGCCCGUCGGGCAGAGAUCGAAGCGGCCCGCCAGCGGGAGCUGGAGCUGCAGCGCCAGCUCGAGGCGAUGAACGAUGACGACGACUCGUCCUCUGAUGAUGAUGAUGGCCCCGAGCACCUCACGCCGCAGGCUUCCACGCCGACACAGGCCGGCAGCCAGAUCGGCAGCCAGGAGCUCGAGCGGAGGGCCUCACCGCCUCCUGCUGCGCCUGUGAUCUCGCCGCCAGCCAUCACCACCACCAGCCCUCCGGCUGAUGCUGAGAGCAAGAACCCUUACUUCCGUAUGGCUGCGGCACCCUCAGCACCCGCGGCACCCGCAGCCCCUGCACCUCCUGCACCUUCUGCACCUCCUGCUCCCGUUGGCGAUGCGUCUACCAACCCGUUCCACCGCAUGACGCAAGAGGCCAAGAUUGAGCGACCGCCUGCGGCGGCCCCCACAGGACCAUUCUCGCGCAAGCGUCAAGAAGAGGACGACUGGGGGUCCGACAAGGACGACGAGGACGACUCGGAUGACGAGGACAGGCCCGGUGGCAACAGUGCGGCCGCCCUGGCGUCGAUUCUCUUUGGCACCAUGGCGCCCCCUCGCCCCCUCUCGGCCGCAGACAACAAGGCCGGGUCGACGGUCGGCAGCCCGGCCAACGCUCGCUCGCCCACGUCGCCCCCCGCGGCGCCGCCCCUGCCUGGUGCGGGCGCACCCAGUGCCCCGCCGCCGCCCCCUCCGCCGAUCCCUGCGCCUGGCGGCCCCGUCUCGUCGCCGCCGCCGCCGCCGCCCCUACCCCCCUCUGCCGCGCCAGGAGGUCCUCCCCCGCCUCCUCCCAUGCCUCCCGGUGGCGCGCCGCCCCCGCCCCCGCCUCCCCCGCCUGGGG